AAUUUAUAGACAGCUGCUCUCCGUCUCUUCGAUAUUUUAAAGAAGGAAAGAGAUUGAUUCAUAACUUAAAUCUUCAUUCAUCCUACAAAUCUUGUUUCUUCCCCGGGUCAACAAUCAAAAUAUGGGUUUCGCAAAAAGAUGCUAACUUUCAAAGUGUUCUUCACUGUCCAAACAUAGCUAGAAUCGCGAGCUCGAAAGAAAAAAUAAGAAGAAAACAUGCGUAUUUUGUGCGAUGCCUGUGAGAGCGCCGCCGCAAUAGUCUUCUGCGCCGCCGACGAAGCUGCCCUCUGUUGCUCCUGCGACGAAAAAGUUCAUAUGUGCAACAAGCUAGCUAGCCGACAUGUCCGUGUAGGUUUGGCUGAUCCCAGCAAUGCGCCAAGCUGUGACAUAUGCGAAAAUGCACCUGCCUUCUUUUACUGUGAGAUAGACGGUACUUCUCUUUGUCUACAAUGCGACAUGGUUGUUCAUGUUGGCGGCAAGAGAACUCACAGGCGCUUUCUAUUGCUAAGACAGAGGAUUGAGUUUCCAGGUGAUAAGCCUAACCACGCCGAUGAUCUGGGACUAAGGUGUCAGGAAGCAAACCGUCAAAAGGUCUCCUCAUCAGGUCGAGGUCAAGAAUCAAAUGGGAAUGGUGAUCAUAAUAUGAUUGAUCUUAACUCCAACCCUCAAAGAGUACACGAGCCUGGAUCAAAUCACCAAGAGCAGGGUAUCGAUGUAAAUAGCACAAACAACCAUGAGCCUGUAGGCGUUGUACCUGUUGGAACGUUUAAAAGAGAGUGAUCAGAGAUACACUAAGAUCAAGUAAGAAGUAUGUAGGCAUGCAAGAACACUAUCAGUAUUGUGCAUUAUGUUUUUUUUUUUUUGUUUUUGAAGAAAUUAGCUUAAAAGAUAAAGAUAAAAGAUCUGAAACAAAUAAGCUUUUUUAUUAAAAAAAAAUCUGGAUCGCUUCUCUGUU